CACCUUUUCUGCGAAAUAAGCAAUCUAUGUGAAUCUUAGCUAUCUUGCUAUGCUAUGAAAGGUAAGUAGGUAAACCAGUCAAAGGAAGGAGGAAAAAAAAAAGAAUGUUUUAGUGCGAAAUAAUCAAGGCUGUCAAAGACGAAUGAACCAUUAUCGAUAUAGUAAACCGGCUUCAGACGAGGUUUCUCUCUUCUGUGAUCUGCUGUAUUUUUCCAAAUAUCUCUCUCAGAUUUUCCACUAGCAAAACUUGUGGAUUAAUAGUGAUUUCACAUCAUUGUUUUCUGAUCCUUCGGAAUUCGCUAAUUGGGGUUUUGUAGUUUAUUCAUAUAUAUAUAUAUUUUGUAAUUGACGAGCGAUAGGGUUUUCUGCAGAGAGUAAGGUGGUCCGGUUUGAAUUCAAGAUUGGAAUUUUGUUCUUUGUUCUGUAUGUCUUGAAUUGGAAGCACAUAGCUGUAAUUUUUGGUAAUUGUCAUGAAAGUUUGGGUUUUGAUCGCUGCGGGUUUGAUAAAGUAAAACAAACUUUGAAGUUAUUGACUUGAAGGCUGGGUGCCAAUCAGUCUUGGCAGAGACCGUCAUCGGCUGGGCCGGCCGGUGGUUCGGGAAUAUGGUUUCUCCUGCGCCAUAGUCCACCACAGCCUUACUCUCUCCAAUACCUCCCUCAAAUGGAUUUUGUCAGCCGCCACGCGUCUGACCACCAUAACCAGCAAACACCUUCUGAAUCCACAUCCUCCUAUUCUGCUCCACCCUCUCAUGGCGGCUCUGAAGAGCCCGAGUACUUGGCCCGUUACAUGGUUGUUAAACACUCAUGGCGAGGUCGAUACAAAAGGAUUUUUUGCAUAUCAAAUUUCACUUUGAUUACGCUGGAUCCAGCAACAUUAUCAGUGACUAACUCCUACGAUGUUGGGAGUGAUUAUGAUGGUGCCGCCCCUAUUAUUGGGAGGGGUGACAAUUCAAAUGAGUUUACCAUAAGUGUGAGGACUGAUGGUCGUGGGAAGUUCAAGGCUAUGAAGUUUUCUUCCAAGUAUAGAGCCAGCAUUUUGACAGAGUUGCAUAGAAUAAGGUGGAAUAAGCUUGAAGUGGUGGGAGAGUUCCCUGUUUUGCAUCUAAAGAGGAGGACUUCAGAGUGGGUUCCUUUUAAGUUGAAAAUUACUUAUAUAGGAGUUGAGCUUAUUGAAUUAAAAUCUGGAGAACUUCGUUGGUGCUUGGACUUCAGAGAUAUGGACUCUCCUGCAAUUAUCCUACUAUCUGACCCUUAUGGCAAGAAAAAUACAGAUCACGGAGGUUUUGUUCUUUGCUCUCUCUAUGGAAGAAAAUCUAAAGCUUUCCAAGCUACUUCGGGAACUACAAUUGCUGCCAUCAUAUCAAAUUUGACUAAAACCGCGACAUCCAUGGUGGGUGUGGGAUUAACUGUUGACAGUUCUCAUGCUCUGGCUGUAUCUGAGUACAUAAAUAGGAGAGCUAAGGAGGCUGUUGGGGCAGAUGAAACUCCUUGUGGAGCUUGGUUAGUAACAAGAUUGCGCUCUGCUGCUCGGGGAACUCUGAAUACUCCAGGAUUAAGUUUGUCUAUUGGCCCAAAAGGGGGCCUUGGAGAACAUGGUGAUGUGGUAUCUCGUCAACUCAUUCUCACAAAGGUCUCACUUGUGGAAAGACGACCCGAGAACUAUGAAGCAGUUGUUGUGCGUCCUCUAUCUGCCGUUGGUGCCCUUGUUCGAUUUGCUGAGGAGCCCCAAAUGUUUGCUAUUGAAUUUAAUGAUGGAUGCCCAAUUCAUGUAUAUGCUAGCACGUCUCGUGAUAACUUACUUGCAGCAGUUCGUGAUGUUUUGCAAACAGAACGCCAGUGUCCUGUCCCGGUGCUCCCAAGGCUAACAAUGCCUGGUCAUCGAAUUGAUCCACCAUGUGGCAGAUUCCAUUUUAAAUUUUCUGCUUCACAACAACCUGUUGCUGACUUGGAAACUGCAACUUUGCAUUUAAAACACUUGGCAGCAGCCGCCAAAGAUGCUGUGGCCGAGGGAGGAUCUAUUCCUGGAUCAAGAGCAAAACUAUGGCGCCGGAUACGAGAAUUUAAUGCAUGUAUUCCAUAUGGUGGAGUACCUUCUGGCAUUGAAGUACCUGAGGUGACACUAAUGGCUUUGAUUACAAUGCUUCCAGCUGCUCCCAAUCUCCCACCAGAGUCACCAUCACUGCCUCCACCCUCUCCUAAAGCCGCUGCUACAGUGAUGGGUUUCAUUGCUUGUUUGCGUAGGCUGCUUUCAUCAAGAAGUGCUGCUUCUCAUGUGAUGUCUUUUCCUGCUGCUGUUGGUCGUAUAAUGGGUCUACUUAGAAAUGGGUCUGAAGGGGUAGCUGGUGAAACUGCAGGCCUUGUGGCAGUACUUAUUGGUGGUGGUCCAGGGGAAACUAACAUGCAUACAGAUUCAAAAGGGGAAUGGCAUGCAACAAUAAUGCAUACCAAGUCUGUGCUGUUUUCUCAACAAAGUAAUCUUAUAAUUCUGGUAAAUCGGUUAAGGCCUGUAUCAGUGUCACCACUAUUGUCAAUGUCUAUUGUUGAGGUUCUUGAGGCAAUGGUCUGUGAACCACAUGGAGAAACAACCCAGUAUACAGUGUUUGUGGAGUUACUACGUCUAGUAGCUGGCUUGCGCCGCCAGCUGUUUGCAUUGUUUGGACAUCCUGCCGAAAGUGUGCGAGAAACAGUAGCUGUCAUUAUGCGAACAAUUGCUGAAGAAGAUGCAGUUGCAGCAGAGUCAAUGCGUGACGCUGCUUUGCGAGAUGGUGCACUACUGCGGCAUUUGUUGCAUGCACUCUAUCUUCCUGCUGGUGAGAGACGUGAAGUUAGCAGGCAACUUGUGGCUCUUUGGGCCGACUCUUAUCAACCUGCUCUUGAUCUGUUAUCUAGAGUUCUGCCUCCAGGACUUGUUGCUUAUUUGAACACUAGAUCCAAUGGGGUUCCAGUUGAAGGUGUAUCUGAGCAGGAAAAAUCAUUGCUUAGUAGGAGACGCAGACGGUUACUUCAGCAAAGGAGGAUUCAUCCUGGGAAAGGGAUCACAUCUCAAGGGCAAUCUAUGCCUUCUGCUACUAACUAUGAAUUUAGUGAGCAAUCUGCUGUAAGUUCUGUCCCUUUCAGAACUUCUGAUGGUUAUCAAAGAGCUACUGUUGAUUCAAUCUCUGGACAGGUGCCAGCCAUGCACUCUUCUGCGGGCAAUGCAGGUGAAUGUUUCAAAGGUGAGCUGUCUGCUGCUGCUGCUCAAACUGAUCAGUCGUCAACCAUUCCUGCUCCUGACGGUCCUUCAACAAGUACACAUUACUUGGUUGAAUCAAACGUUGCAAAUGCUGUGGAUUCUGAUGUUACUGCAAUUUCCCAGGAUACAGGCCUUCCAGCUCCUGCACAGGUAGUGGUCGAAGAUGCACCUGUGGGGUGUGGAAGGUUGUUACUGAAUUGGCCAGAAUUCUGGCGAGCUUUCAGUCUUGACCAUAACCGCGCUGACUUAAUUUGGAAUGAGCGGACCAGGCAGGAAUUGCGAGAGUCAUUACAGGCUGAGGUUCAUAAUCUAGAUGUUGAAAAAGAACGCUCUGAAGAUAUUGCUCCUGGAGGUGCAAAUAUAGACUCAAUAACCGACCAAGAUAGUGCGCCUCAAAUAUCGUGGAACUACAGAGAGUUUUCUGUUAGAUAUCCUAGCUUAUCAAAAGAAGUUUGUGUAGGUCAAUACUAUUUGCGUUUACUUCUUGAAAGUGGUACAAGUGGGAGGGCACAAGAUUUUCCUCUGCGUGACCCUGUUGCUUUUUUCAGAGCACUGUAUCACCGGUUUCUAUGUGAUGCUGACACUGGGCUUACUGUGGAUGGUGCUAUUCCUGAUGAAUUGGGUGCUUCUGAUGAUUGGUGUGAUAUGGGAAGAUUAGAUGGAUUUGGAGGAGGGGGAGGCUCCUCCGUCAGGGAGCUCUGUGCACGGGCCAUGGCAAUUGUUUAUGAACAACACUACAACACAGUUGGCUCAUUUGAAGGGACAGCACACAUUACAGUUCUCUUGGACCGGACUGAUGAUAGAGCUUUACGGCACCGUCUUCUUCUUCUUCUAAAGGUUUUGAUGAAGGUUUUGACUAAUGUAGAGGCAUGUGUCUUGGUUGGAGGCUGUGUACUGGCUGUUGAUCUACUAACAGUAGUUCAUGAAGCUUCAGAAAGAACAGCUAUACCUCUGCAGUCGAAUUUGAUUGCUGCUACUGCAUUUAUGGAACCAUUAAAGGAGUGGAUGUUUCUUGACAAGGAUGGUGUGCAAACUGGACCAGUGGAGAAGGAUUCUAUUAGGAGACUCUGGUCAAAAAAGGAAAUAGAUUGGACCACCAGAUGUUGGGCUACUGGGAUGCCAGAUUGGAAGAAGUUGCGAGAUAUUCGUGAGCUUAGAUGGGCAUUGGCUGUCCGAGUUCCUGUUCUCACUCCAACCCAGGUAGGAGAAGUAGCAUUGAGCAUAUUACACAGCAUGGUUGCGGCACACUCAGAUAUAGAUGAUGCUGGAGAGAUUGUUACACCAACACCUAGGGUCAAGCGAAUCUUAUCAAGUCCACGUUGCCUUCCGCAUAUUGCUCAGGCUAUGCUCUCUGGAGAACCUAGUGUUGUAGAAGGUGCUGCUGCUUUGUUGAAGGCCAUUGUUACUAGGAAUCCCAAGGCAAUGAUAAAAUUAUAUAGCACUGGAGCCUUUUACUUUGCUCUAGCUUAUCCUGGAUCAAAUCUCCUCUCAAUUGCUCAGCUGUUCUCAGUGACACAUGUUCAUCAAGCAUUUCAUGGAGGGGAAGAAGCCGCUGUCUCCUCUUCUUUGCCUUUGGCAAAACGCAGUGUUUUGGGUGGGCUUUUACCUGAGUCCUUGCUCUAUGUUCUGGAACGUAGCAGUUCUGCUGCAUUUGCAGCAGCAAUGGUUUCUGAUUCUGACACUCCUGAGAUUAUCUGGACACACAAGAUGAGAGCUGAAAAUCUUAUCCAUCAGGUCCUUCAGCAUCUUGGUGAUUUUACACAGAAGUUGUCACAACAUUGUCAUUCUUUGUAUGAAUAUGCUCCUAUGCCACCUGUGACAUAUCCAGAGCUGAGGGAUGAGAUGUGGUGCCACCGUUAUUACCUUCGUAAUUUGUGUGAUGAAGUUCGCUUUCCUAAUUGGCCAAUUGUUGAACACAUCGAAUUCUUGCAAUCACUGCUGGUUAUGUGGCGAGAAGAGUUAACUCGGAGACCCAUGGAUCUUUCUGAAGAAGAGGCUUGCAAAAUAUUGGAGAUUUCCUUGGAUGAGAUGUCAAGAGAUGAUGCUCCCAAAAGACAAUCAGAGGAGACAGUUAAUAUAUCUAAGCAGAUUGAGAACAUUGAUGAAGAAAAGCUCAAGCGACAAUAUCGAAAACUUGCAAUGAAGUAUCAUCCAGACAAAAAUCCCGAGGGGAGGGAAAAGUUUCUGGCAGUGCAGAAAGCUUACGAACGGCUGCAGGCUACAAUGCAAGGACUGCAAGGUCCACAGCUUUGGAGACUAUUGCUUCUAUUGAAGGGACAAUGCAUUUUGUACAGACGACAUGGAGAUGUAUUGGACCCAUUUAAAUACGCUGGUUAUCCAAUGUUGUUAAAUGCAAUCACUGUGGAUAAAGAUGACAACAACUUCCUUUCUUCUGAUCGAGCAUCUCUUCUUGUUGCCGCAUCCGAAUUGAUAUGGCUAACGUGUGCAUCUUCUUCACUAAAUGGUGAAGAACUUGUAAGGGAUGGAGGAAUACAACUUCUUGCAAAUCUUUUGUCCCGUUGUAUGUGUGUAGUUCAACCAACUACUCCUGCAAGUGAACCAUCUACUGUCAUUGUCACAAAUGUGAUGAGAACCUUUUCAGUGUUGAGUCAGUUUGAGAGUGCCAGAGCUGACAUUCUUGAAUUUUCUGGCCUAGUUGAUGAUAUUGUACAUUGUACUGAACUUGAGCUUGUACCAGCUGCUGUUGAUGCUUCCCUUCAGACAAUUGCUCAUGUUUCUGUGUCGUCUGAAUUUCAAGAUAACUUACUUAAGGCUGGUGUUUUGUGGUACCUGUUGCCACUGUUGUUUCAGUAUGAUUCUACUGCAGAAGAGGCGGAAAAAUCUGAAGCUCAUGGUGUUGGUGUUAGUGUUCAAAUUGCAAAGAAUAUGCAUGCUGUACGGUCAGCUCAGGCUUUGGCAAGACUCAGUGGUUUGGGUACUGAUGAGAAUCAGACACCAUAUAAUAUGGUUGCAGCUGAUGCGCUUAGAGCAUUGCUGACACCAAAGCUUGCAAGUAUGCUGAAAGAUAAAUCUCUCAAAGACUUGUUAUCCAAACUAAAUUCAAACUUGGAGAUCCCAGAGAUAAUUUGGAACACUUCAACCCGCGCAGAACUGUUAAAGUUUGUUGACAAGCAGCGUGAUAGCCAGGGUCCUGAUGGUUCAUUUGACCUGAAAGAUUUGCAUUCCUUCACAUAUGAAGCAUUGUCGAAAGAACUUUUUGUUGGAAAUGUAUACUUGAGAGUGUACAAUGACCAACCGUAUUAUGAAACUAGUGAACCUGAGGUAUUCUGUGUUGCUCUUGUUGAUUUUAUAUCAUGUCUCGUACGGAGUGACGCUGCAGUGGGAACAGAUACUCCUUCAAGCACUGGGACAUCAGAGUUCGAAAAUGAUACGAUUAAUGGACCACAUAGUGAAGAGCAGCUAUCUAAUGAUGAUUCAACUCCUUCAGAUGUGAAACAGAUGAAGAAAGAGGAAAAUGAAUUGGUUAAUAAAUUUCUCUUUGCUCUAACCGCACUCCAGAAUCUCCUGACAAGCACCCCAGAUUUGGCAUCAGUUUUUUCUGUGAAAGAAAAAUUAUUACCAAUUUUUGAAUGCUUUGCUGUUCCUGUUACUUCAACAACCAAUGUCCCUCAACUGUGUCUGAGUGUCCUGUCACGCUUGACAACACAUGCUCCUUGCUUGGAUGCAAUUGUGUCUGAUGGAUCCAGUCUGCUCCUUCUAUUACAAAUGCUUCACUCCUCUCCUAGCUGUCGCGAAGGAGCUCUGCAUGUUCUGUAUGCUUUAGCUAGCACACCAGAGCUUGCAUGGGCAGCUGCAAAACAUGGUGGAGUUCUCUACAUUCUCGAACUUCUCCUGCCUUUGCAAGAAGUUCCUCUGCAGCAAAGAGCAGCUGCUUCGUCAUUGUUGGGAAAACUUGUUGGGCAGCCAAUGCAUGGACCUAGAGUUGCUAUAACUCUGGCUAGGUUUCUUCCUGAUGGCUUGGUAUCUGUCAUCAAGGAUGGUCCUGGUGAAGCUGUUGUGAGCAUUCUUGAACAAACGACAGAGACUCCAGAACUCGUGUGGACUCCAGCAAUGGCUGCUUCUCUGUCUGCUCAAAUUGCGACCAUGGCAUCAGAACUAUACCGUGAACAGAUGAAAGGCAGUGUUGUUGAUUGGGAUGUACCUGAGCAGGCAACCGGCCAACAGGAAAUGAGAGAUGAGCCUCAGGUUGGAGGAAUCUAUGUUAGAUUAUUCUUAAAAGAUCCAAAGUUUCCUCUUAGAAAUCCGAAGCGGUUUUUGGAAGGACUAUUGGAUCAGUAUCUUUCAUCAAUCGCUGCGACACAUUAUGAUGUCGAAUCUGUUGACCCCGAACUUCCUCUGCUUCUAUCUGCUGCUCUGGUGUCAUUAUUGCGUGUGCACCCUGCUCUUGCAGAUCAUGUUGGAUUUUUAGGAUAUGUGCCAAAACUUGUGUCUGCAGUGGCGUAUGAAGGGAGAAGAGAAACAAUGGCCAUCGGGGAAGUGAAAAAUGUCGACUACUCCAAGGAAGAUGAUAGUAGCUCAAAGCAGCCCCCUUCACCAACUCUACAAGAGCGUGUGCGUCUAAGUUGUUUGCGUGUUCUGCAUCAACUUGCAGGAAGUACAACGUGUGCUGAAGCUAUGGCAGCUACUAGUGUUGGGACACCCCAGGUUGUUCCCCUUUUGAUGAAAGCUAUUGGAUGGCAAGGUGGAAGUAUUCUAGCUCUUGAAACACUAAAACGUGUAGUCGUUGCUGGAAACCGGGCUAGGGAUGCGUUGGUUGCUCAAGGACUCAAGGUUGGACUUGUUGAAGUACUCCUGGGCCUUCUUGAUUGGAGGGCUGCAGGAAGAAAUGGGCUUCACUCCCAGAUGCAAUGGAAUGAGUCUGAAGCAUCCAUUGGCAAGGUGCUUGCAGUUGAGGUUUUGCAUGCUUUUGCUGCAGAAGGGGCCCAUUGUACUAAAGUUCGUGAGAUACUAAAUGCUUCCAAUGUUUGGACUGCUUAUAAAGAUCAGAGACAUGAUCUAUUCCUCCCUUCAAAUGCCCAAUCUGCAGCUGCAGGAGUUGCUGGUUUGAUUGAAAAUUCUUCAUCCAGAUUGACGUAUGCACUGACAGCUCCUCCAACGCAAUCUGGUCUAGCAAAACCUCCUGUCGUGACAACAGCUGAAUCAAAUGGCAAGCAGGAUCAAGGUUCAUAAGAUGAAAAGUUAGCCAUGAUACAUACAUCUGAUGAAACGUUUCGGCCAUAAAAUUAUGCUGCUCCUCUUGUUGGCACUUGACAGGCAUGCAUUGUCCUUCAAUAAGUAGAAGGGUUUAUUAUUACUUUUAUCAAAAAAAGCUUCAUGAUGUGAUGCUUCCCCCCCCCCCCCCCCCCCCUUUUUUUUUUUCUGCAUCUUGUGUACAGUUUCUUCCCAUCCCUUCUUGCUUGCUCUUAUUUUGGUGUUGUGUAAUUCCGGAAGAGGUCAAAUUAAAAGCAGCAGUACAUGAUUAUCCAAUGUAUAAGACUAGCAAACCAUCCUGUAAAUUUAUAGUACUAGUAGAGUUCAUUUUGGUGAGGCUUUGUAGUUCUCAAUUGUUUUA